UGCGCUAAGGAAAAGUAGUAUUGACGCAUACCUCCUUUGCCCAAAGCGACGGGGGAGCACCUUUUCGUCCUAUUCAUGUGUCUGUGGAAAUCAAAUACCCUGGACGGCAUAUCCAUGACGUCGAGUAAUCGGAGAAACCUAGGGUAUGCGGUCUGGAUGCCAUUCAGCUCAGAGGGACGAGAACGCGAUAGACAAGCGGUACACGCGCGACAAAUGGCCGAGCAGAUCAGAUCCAAUCUUAAAGCGGGGAGAAGCCCCAUAAAAUUGAUCAAUCAAUCAUCAGACCCACAAGUGAAUCUUUUCUCUCUCUCUUUUUUUUUUUUUUCCUUUUUUCCCUUUUUCUUUUUUUUUUGCCCCCCUUUUUGCAAAGAAGGCGAACACGAACGACGGCUAUGUCACGAAAAGUCUUCUCUGAGUGUGCCAGUCCCAGGAGUUCCGACUUUCACUUCACCACAACAUGUGUAUCCCGCAAACGAUCGGGCCGGAGAGGCAAUGCGCGCGCGCAAGCGACGGGCAGCGCGAUAUAUCGUAGACGAAGAGCGUAGAGUCCGAACCAGAAGGCAAAGAGCGUCAGACGAGCGAUCGGCCGUGCGUCCGUGGCACAGCAAAACGAAGAACUAUACAACCGAGACGCAACGUCGGGAGGCCUGUACUCUCUGCAGAAGUUAGUUCGUCACGGCCGCAGCAAGCAGCAAACCUAACCCGUACUUCCGAGGAUAAGAAGUCUUCCUCACGUAAAUGGAUCAGGUCAUCAGGGAACGCUUGCAGUGCUGCUUUCUCGGCACGAGGACGGAG